UUUCGUGUCCUCCGCGAGGAGCAAAUUUCAGUGCUUGGCCCGCAACCGUAUCGCGUCGCCCCCGAACUCUCGACUCCUCCGCGCGAUCGCGUGGAUUAAGGAGAACAAUCGACGAUAUACGCGGCAGCCGGCGGAUUAAACCCCGAGGAGAUUCACUGUAUUAUUAUUAUUUGACGUGACAAUAUUUUUGCUCGAGAAUUUUCGUAAAAAUAAAAAAAGUGCGUGUAAGAAAACUCCCUUCGCGCGUUCGCGAUCAAGUCGCGUGGAUUAAGGAGAACAAUCGACGAUAUACGCGGCAGCCGGCAGAUUAAACCUCGAGGAGAUUCACUGUAUUAUUAUUAUUUGACGUGACAAUAUUUUUGCUCGAGAAUUUUCGUAAAAAUAAAAAAAGUGCGUGUAAGAAAACUCCCUUCGCGCGUUCGCGAUCAAGUCGCGUGGAUUAAGGAGAACAAUCGACGAUAUACGCGGCAGCCGGCGGAUUAAACCUCGAGGAGAUUCACUGUAUUAUUAUUAUUUGACGUGACAAUAUUUUUGCUCGAGAAUUUUCGUAAAAAUAAAAAAAGUGCGUGUAAGAAAACUCCCUUCGCGCGUUCGCGAUCAAGUCGCGUGAAUUAAGGAGAACAAUCGACGAUAUACGCGGCAGCCGGCGGAUUAAACCUCGAGGAGAUUCACUGUAUUAUUAUUAUUUGACGUGACAAUAUUUUUGCUCGAGAAUUUUCGUAAAAAUAAAAAAAGUGCGUGUAAGAAAACUUUCUCCUCCGCGCGAUUGCGAUCAAGUCGCGUGGAUUAAGGAGAACAAUCGACGAUAUACGCGGCAGCCGGCGGAUUAAACCCCGAGGAGAUUCACUGUAUUAUUAUUAUUUGACGACGAUAUUUUUGCUCGAGAAUUUUCGUAAAAAUAAAAAAAGUGCAUGUAAGAAAACUCCCUUCGCGCGAUCGCGAUCAAGUCGCGUGGAUUAAGGAGAACAAUCGACGAUAUACGCGGCAGCCGGCGGAUUAAACCCCGAGGAGAUUCACUGUAUUAUUAUUAUUUGACGUGACGAUAUUUUUGCUCGAGAAUUUUCGUAAAAAUAAAAAAGUGCGUGUAAAAAAAGUGCGAGGAUAACCGACUGAUUAUGUUUAUGAUAUCUUUUUGUAAAAAUAACAACGAUCCGGACUCGCGGUAAUGUUUCCGCAUAUGAGGGGAGGCCCGGUGGGGACCUGGUGAGGGGUGAGGUGACGGAUUUCAUUAUGCCAACGAUCGGCGUGAUCCCGCGGGUGUUUUUCGAAGGACCGCGAAUGGAAAGUGAUCGUUUGUAUCGGACGGUGGUGGGAAGCUCGCUGUCAGACGCAGAGCAGCGCGCGCGUGAAUUAGAUUAGGAGAAAUGAGUGCGAAGUGAAAAAUGGUCCCGUUCCACGGCAUGGCCCUCCUGCUCCUGGGAAUCGGAUACCUGUUACACGCGGAACCACUUUACAGCGAACGCGGCAUCGCGUUUGUGCAUCUCAACAACGAGACAUUUGGAAAGGGGGAAAAGUCGCAGCGCGGCACAAAGAAGACAUAUUUUUUCAAAGACACGCCGCAAAAAUUAACGGUGGCCAUAGGUCAGGCCGCCGUGCUGUUAUGUCGCGUUAAGAAUUUAGGCAACAGAACUGUGUCCUGGAUCCGAAAAAGGGACCUACACAUCCUGACGUCCCUGUCUGUGACUUACACGAGCGACGCGAGAUUUACUGUAGUCAGCAAUCCGGAAACCGACGACUGGAAUCUGCGAAUAGAUUACGUGCAACCGCGAGACGCCGGCAUUUACGAGUGUCAGGUUAAUACGGAACCGAAGAUAUAUAGAGCCGUGACUCUGAAGGUUUUGGAUAUACAGGCGCAGAUCACGGGUCCUCAGGAGCUAUAUAUCAAAAAAGGCAGCACAAUCAGCCUGACCUGCAUCAUAGAAAUGCAAGAUCUGCCCCCGAGCAACGUGACCUGGUACCAUGCCGGCGCGGUGAUCGAUUUCGAUGGUCCAAGGGGUGGCGUAUCGCUGGAGACCGAGAAGGGUAAACGGGGCACCACCAGCAAGCUCCUAAUAACGCGCGCUCAAUUUAACGAUAGCGGUAAUUAUACAUGCGCUUCGAGCAAAGUCACCCCGGCGAGCGUGAUGGUGCACGUACUAAACGGGGAACAUCCCGCUGCGAUGCAACACGGAGGCACCGGCGAUGUAAAUAGACGACUUGUUCUGCUCGUCCUGAUUUUCCUCGUCGAUACGAUGUUUCGGUGAAUUGAUCCUGGCGCUAUCGGUCUCUUGCGAACAACUUUACUUCCGAAUUAGUACUUCCUAAGAUACGUUCCCGGAAAUGAGACGCAACAGUAAUCAACGAGCGAAUAUGAUUUAAGAGUGAAUUUGUUUUAUAUGCAAAGUUAUCGGUCAAAGUACGCGCUAAUUUAGGAUCGUCGCAUUACAUUCGUUUGAAAUCCAAAGGAUUUUCAUCAGAUCAUCUUUAAUACAUAUGGAUUGAGAGAUUCAAUCAACGCGACCCUAUGACGUUAGACUUUUUGGAUUCGUCGCUCAAAUAUCUCUACCCGAAAUGUCAGUACGAAUGUAAUAUGUAUGUUAUAUAAUAAAUUUUUGGAGUUACACAA